AAGGAAGGAUGCGAAACCCAGAAGGGAGCAGAAAGGGGCCGCUGGCCCCGCCCUCUCCCGGCCCAGUGGAAGACCGUGCUUCCACCUUCCAGGAGAGCGUGAGGUGUUCCGCUGCCUGUAGUUCCUUCGGAUCGGGAUUUCAAAGCGGAGGCGCCAGUGUCCCGCACCUCCCUAAACUCUUGCAGUCAGAGAUCGGCAGGGAUGGGCGGCAGGAUGUGGCUGCCAUUCCCCGUGCUGCUCCUGUCCGCUCUGCUCGUAGCGCUGCUGCGCGGGGCGGCCGGCUUCACACCCUCUUUGGACAGUGACUUCACGUUCACGCUGCCAGCCGGCCGGAAGGAGUGCUUCUAUCAGCCCAUGCCCCUGAAGGGGUCGUUGGAGAUCGAGUACCAAGUUUUAGAUGGAGGAGAAUUAGAUAUUGAUUUCCACCUUGCCUCUCCAGAGGGCAGAACCUUAGUUUUUGAACAAAGAAAAUCAGAUGGUGUUCAUACUAUAGAGACUGAAGAUGGUGACUACAUGUUCUGCUUUGAUAACACAUUCAGCACCAUUUCUGAGAAGGUGAUCUUCUUUGAAUUGAUUCUGGAUAACAUGGGAGAAGAGGUUCACGAACAAGACGACUGGAAAAAGUAUAUUACUAACACCGAUGUCCUGGAGAUGAAACUAGAAGAUAUCCUGGAAUCCAUCAACAGCAUCAAGUCCAGACUAAGUAAAAGUGGUCACAUACAAACUCUGCUUAGAGCAUUUGAAGCUCGAGAUCGAAACAUACAAGAAAGCAACUUUGACAGAGUCAAUUUCUGGUCUGUGGUUAACCUGAUGGUCAUGGUGGUGGUGUCAGCUAUUCAGGUUUAUACGCUGAAAAGUCUAUUCGAAGAUAAGAGGAAAAGUAGAACUUAAAGCUCCAACAGAGAUUACUUCACAUUGAAAAGAGGAGGUAGAAAAUUCUAAUACACUGUUACAGUCAAGAUGUUAGUCAUAUUUCCCAUAACAUUUUCAGAAAUGUAUGUAAGUAUAAGAUAUGUAAAUUUUAAUAUAAAAGGAAAAUCAUCACUUUAUGUCCAAAUAACUUUAUUGACCCAAUAAUACUUAAGUAUAAAACAAGAUGUCAUGUAAAAUUGAGAUUUAAUUGAAUGAAGCCAUAAUGACUAUUUUCCAAAGUUUAGAAAUCUUUCUCAGAUAUCAUAUAUGAAUGAAAUGAAUUAACAAUGUUCAUAAACAUGCCACCAGUUUGCUCUUACCUAGAAUUUUCUCUAUACAUGUGGCAGGUACAAGUUAAUUAUAAUGUGAAAUACUAUCCACAAGUAUUAGUUUUUAUAUACUUAGUCUAUAUUUCCAAAAGCUAACAUUUUUAUAAUUAAAACUGGAAAGGCAUUCUUUCCUCAUAAAAAUUAGGCCUUGUCUUUGAUAUAAGAUAUAUAAAGGGUAGUUGAUGGUUUAUAAGAUGCAUUCUGUCUAGACAUUAGCUAAGAUUAGAGAUAAGGUGAACUUAUUUUUAUAAUAUCCAUCAGCAGUAUUAUGUUGGUUUCUGCACAGCUUUUGGUAUUGAUAAUGCAUUAUCACAAGCAGGUGUGAGGGACACAGUACUGAAAAGAUCUGACAUUAAUGUAAAUAAACAGCACCUUUCUAAAUUCUCAAAAUCAUCAGAAACAUGAAUUAAAAAAUGAGAUAAACUUGACAACACCAGAUCAAGCAAGUUUACCUAAAGAGAAGUGUAACAUCUGGAAUCAGAUGGGCUCUUCUUGCCGACCCAAUUAUAAUAGAAAUCAGAUCAAAGGAGGGUGAUCAAAAAUUCCCUAGAAGAAAUUUUAUUUGUCAUAGUUUUUCUUUUCUAGUUACUGUUUUUAUUAUAAAUGCUCAGAUAGGUUUUAUGAAAUAUACAUCCUACCAUAAGAUUUAGCACUGGGUAUACAUAUUUAUUAGAGUUUUUAUUAUAACUCUCAUAAAAUUACCUCUCGUCACGUAUUGACUUUGAAGGAUUACAACAAUCCCCAAUUAUAAACACCUAAUGUAGAAAUAAAAGCUAAUACAUACAAAACCAUCCUGCCUUUCUGGUUUAUCAGUCUGUAGUACAGUCCUAUUCAAGUACUAGUGAUUUAAGUUCAUUAUGAAACAGAAUUUAAGUUACACUCAAUUGUAGUGUUAUAAUAAAUGUAUUGUUGGGCUGGAGAGAUGGCUCAGCAGUUAAGAGCACUGAUCCUUCUUCUGAAGGUCCUGAGUUCAAAUCCCAGCAACCACAUGGUGGCUCACAACCAUCCGUAAAGAUAUCUGAUGCACUCUUCUGGUGUGUCUGAAGACAGCUACAGUGUACUUGCAUAUAAUAAAUUAAUAAAUCUUUAAAAAUAAAUAAAUAAAUGUAUUGUCAAUCAGAGAUAGCCAACAGUCAAAUCUGGGUAUUGAGCCCAUAUAUAAAUACACACAUUUUUUUUUUUGCUGGAAUUCUUUUUAUGCAUUAAUGAUCUUGCACUACCCUGCUACCUCACACACAAAAUUAUGAUACCUAGAGAAAUACUGACUUCAUUUACAAUUUAUACUCAGAAUAGUUCAGAGAUAUAUUUUUCUCCUUCUCAGGCCCUUGGGAGAAGACAAGAAAUUUAUUUUUCCCUAUUCAGAGGAUUUUCAAAAUGUGAGAUAAAUACUAUAUAUGAUCAAUAACUGAUCAAGAAAUACCCCAAUAUUCUAAACAAAGCUCCUACAAUAGAUGCAGGAGAGAAGUCAAUGAGAUCAUUGCCUAAAACAAACAAACAAACAACAACAACAAAAACGAGGAAAAAAAACCUCUUUCCUACUUUGUUUUAAGUAUAAGAGAAGCAAGCUAUAAAAGCGAUAGGUACCAUAACUGAUAAAGCAGAAUCCACUGUGUCUUUUCUGUAAGACUGUGAUUAAGAAUUCUACCUCUUAGAUACAGAUAAUACUGUACUGUACUCUUAAUUGCUUAACACUGUAUCUGUUAUAUCAUCUUAUAUGUAUGUAAUUUGUGCCACUGAUUUUUGAAUUCUUAUUCAGUUACUCACUGCCAUUUAAAAUGGUAAUAGUAGCUUUAUUGGAAAACAAAUAACUUAGGAAUGUUAAAGAUUUUAUUUUUAUAGACAAAAGUAAAAAGAGAUACUAAGAACCAUGUUGCCUGUAUUAAUCAUAAAAAGUAAAAUUGUAAGCAAAAAACAAAAUGUUUAUUUUUAAAUGUAUUUUCUGCUUCAUAUGAGGUUUUUGAUCUGUCUCAAUUAUACUAAAAUCAAGUAAGCCAUCACUUGAUCUGAUUUUUGUCUUGUUCUUAAUUGUAUAAAUUACUACAGUAGUUUAACAAAAUUUAGAGAUCAUAGUUCUGAGUUGCAUUUGGACUAUGUGCUAUUUUACAUGAAUGUCAAUAAACAGACUAAAUAAGUGUAAGAAAACAUUGUUGAAAUAUAAAACAAAAUAUACUUAGGAAUAUUUACCAUUAAAUAUUAUGAUGUCUUAAAAUUAGUAAAACAAAAACAAGUACCUGUAAUUUUGUACCUACAGUGAAAAUUCUUUUUCUGAAAUUUUAAAAUAUAUUGGUUUAGCAUGUAAUGUUUUCUCUUCUAGAGUGUAAUACAUUGUGACUCAAAUUGAACUAUAUGCUAUAUUUGUGAACAGUCAUCUUGGUUUUUUUUUUUUUGGUUUUUUUUUUGAUUUGGUUUUUUCGAGACAGGGUUUCUCUGUGUAGCCCUGGCUGUCCUGGAGCUCACUCUGUAGACCAGGCUGGCCUCGAACUCAGAAAUCCGCCUGCCUCUGCCUCCCAGAGUGCUGGGAUUACAGGCAUGCACCACCACCGCCUGGCCAUGAACAGUCGUCUUAAAUGAACAACAGACUGUAUACUGAGCUGUGUACAAAUAAUAAAAGUUACCAUCAAAGAAAUCUUA